AUAAAUAGUAAUCUGUGGUUUUGUACGAACACUGAACGAAAGAAGGAAGGAAAACGAAACGAGUCGUCAAAUUAAUCGUUUCAGCUAUAAUAUAAUGAUUAAAAAAUUAAUCAAUGGUUAAAAUAAAUUGUGACUGUGCUGAGAAUAAUUAAAAGAAAAAGUAAAUGAAAAUUUAUUCGCCAUGCAUCGCCGCAGAGGUCCUAAUUUCACAUACGUUAGUGGUUGCGUGAAGUAUAUGAUUUUUGUUCUUAAUUUUAUAUUUUGGUUAUUUGGUGGAUUAUUGAUUGGUGUUGGACUUUACGCGUUCAUUGACAAAUGGCAAGCUACUGGUCUGAUAAAGCUGGAUACGGUAUACGAUGUGAUGUUGAACAUCAGUUUGCUGAUAGCUCUGCUGGGUGCUGUUGUGUUUGUGGUCAGCUUUGCUGGCUGCGUAGGCGCACUCAGAGAGAACACAUGUCUGCUUAAAUUCUACUCAUUGUGCCUGCUCAUCUUGUUCCUAGUAGAAAUGGGUGGUGCAGUAUGUGGGUUUGUGUUCCCUCGCUCUUUACACGGGCUGCUUGAGCUCAGCUUCACAGAAAGAGUCGUGCACGCUUACAGAGAUGACCCUGAUCUGCAGAACUUCAUUGACUUCGCUCAAAGUGAUUUCCAUUGCUGCGGACUGACCUCGGACGGUUACAUGGAUUGGUCCAAGAACGAGUACUUCAAUUGCUCGUCGCCCUCAGUGGAGAGGUGCGGGGUUCCGUUCUCGUGCUGCAUCAACGCCACGGACAUAUCGUCGGGGCUAGUCAAUAUCAUGUGCGGUUAUGGGGUGCAGAACUAUCCGGUCGCCGAAGCUAGUAAACGCAUAUGGACUAGCGGGUGCAUAGAGAUAGUGCGUUCUUGGGCCGAGAGGAAUCUCUAUACGAUCGCAUCCGUCGCGCUGGGUGUCGCACUGUCGCAGCUCUUCGUCAUAUAUCUGGCCAAGACGCUUGAAGGGCAGAUAGAACUGCAGAAAGCUAGAUGGCAGACAUGAAACAGGGGUAGCGCGGGUGCGUACCGCGACGAGUGCCGGCGCGCGCUUCUCUAGCGCCCGCCCUACACCCUGCCCGACCCCGCCAUACCACCCAUACAACCCUUCACGCCAUACUAGAAGAUAACAGGUACGUAGUAACAGUGUAGCUGUGAAGACCGCCGCUGGAAUGAUCGUCACCAUUAGCUACGAUGUCCACCUGCAGCUCUAACUAUGGUUUUCCGCGGAUGCCAUGGCUACUUAAAACUACUGCGUCAGGAAGCGGCUAUGAUAUCUAUCUGCAGCUGCAACGUUCGACUGUGGCUACAAUCAUCAACAUACCUCUACUGUAUAGCUACGGCGUCGACUAGGCAUAAAGACCACGCUGAAAUUAUAGUUACCGGUAGCUAUGAUGCCCAUCUGCAGCUUCAGCAGCUGUGGUUGUUAUACCACGGCUACUCAUAACUACGGCGGCAGCAAGCGCUUAUGAUGAUCUGCAGCUACAACGUCAUCAUACAGUUUCCACGACGACCCACAGCAGCAAGCGGCUAUGAUAUCUACUUGAAGUUAUGACGUCCGACUGUGGCUGUGGUUGUCCACUGAUACCAUGGCUACUUAUAAUUAGGCUAUCAGCGAGCGUCUAUGAUGAUCUGCAGCUACAACGCCAUCAUACAGCUACAACGUUCGAUUGUGGCUAUGGUGCACUGUUCGCGGCUAAGAUGGCAACCUAUAUCUACGGCAUCAACAAGUGGCUACGAUAUCUUCUUGCGGACUUUAACCAACGGUUACGAUGCAGCUGCGUUAGUGUGACUGUUGUGAUGGUUGUUCGCGGUUACGACAGCCAAAUCUAGCUACGGUAUCAACAAGAGGCCAUACGACGCAUCGAUAUACGGCUAAUACGCCCAUCUACAGCUAUGAUGUUUGACUAUGGCUAUGAUGUACCGUCGUGCCUGAGAUAGCCUACAGCUAAGGUUCAACAGACGGCUACAAUUUCCACCUGCAGCUACAACGUUCGACUGUGGUUAUGCCUAUAACUAUUACAUCAACAAGCGGCUGCGGAUUGUAACAGCGCCGCUGAUAACAAGCGGCUAAGAGUCAGGGCAAACUUUUUACAGCUACAUCUGUAUUACAUCCCAAAGUUUAAAGCGUGCAGUUGAAGGCAAGUUUUAUGCGAACAUCCAAAAUUGUAACACUCGUUGAUGGGAAUAACUUUUUAACAGAUACGCUGUGUUAUCAAUCAUGUUUUUAAAUUUCUACUGAUGUGCGAACAUAGAAUUCUUGUUUCAUAUUUAUUGACAUGUAGAAGGUCUGCAAAAAAACUUGCUUCACGGGCUGUAUUGAGACUCUUAAACUAAAAAUUAUGUGGUAGUACUUCUUAGGCGUGGAAUCUUUUCUCCCAUUUUUGUUAUUGAUAAGUGCUACCACGCUGGCAUGCGGCUACAACGUAGUACCUAUGGUACGAUCGUGCGGCUACGGCGUAGGGGUGUAGUGUUGUGGAUAACGGCGUACUCGUGCAAAAAUAGUGACAAUAUUCUUUAAACGUGUAAAGUGUAUGACUCUUUGUGUAUUGUUAAUUGAUAUGAGCUGUAGUCUCUAUGUAUAUUAGUGAUGCUCUACUGUAGAGCGUAAAAGAAAAUAGAAUAUUUAAAUGUGUUUAUGUUCCCUUUCUAAGAAAUGAGAAAAUUGGGCAUUAUGGAGUGGAACAUCGAGUCUGUGAUGAAAAGUUUAGGAGUACGAAGUAAAUAGAUGAAGCUUAAUUUAACCGAACUUAAUAAUAGUUAGUAAUAUUAUGCUCUCUUUAGUCUUCCCUCAUCAUCAUCACUUUGACGUAUUGAAAUAACUUGUAAUAUAAUUUAGGUACUAUAAUCAAUAUACUGGUUACAAGCAAACUUUGCAAACCAAGCUCAAUGGUCAAAGCUAGUUAGCCUGUUGUCAUUCGCUCAUAAGUAAUUAUCAUGAAUUUGUAUGCAAAAUAUAAUGUGACUUUUGUUUGCUAUUGUAACAUUAUCAUUUUGUUGCUAUUUUGAUAGAUUAAAUAACGGGGUUAGUCUAUGUAAUUCUAUUUUCUAAGAGCUUGUAACUUAAGCAAUAUGGAGUGAGAACAGUAUGAAAAAUAUUUAAUUUGAACUGAGUAAUUUGACUGAAAACAUAUUUGAUCAAUAUUACCUGUUAGUAAUUACUGAUGUUAUAAGUUACUAAGAGUCUCCGGCUAUUUAUUUUUUAAGUCACAAGUAAUAUGAUGAAUGAUGAAUGUGUUUGGUAUUGACUGAUAUUAAAUGUACAAAAUUAAUUUUACUAUAAUUUUUGACAUGAGCUUGACUAAGCGCUAUUAUCAUUAUCUUUAUUAAGACUCUUAGCUGCCAAAAACAACUCAAUUUUAUUCAAUAGUACUCGUUUAAAAGCAAAAGAAACGAUAUCCAAUAAAUAUAUCCCUAAGAAAACACAGAGUACAAAAUUGUAUGUACUACGAAUAAAGUCAUCACGCGACGUAUUAAAGGCGUGUUUAAUUGCGAAUCGUAUUUGUCAAAUUGUAUAACGUAAACAGCACUGUCUAGGCAACCCGUUUAAGUUUCUCUAAUAAAACAAAUGGCUGCAGAAUCGAGCGGCGGUAUCUCGAAUUAUUCGUGUUAUUUAAAACGUGUUCUAUGUAUUAUUUAACGUGCAUUUAUUUAUUUGUAGCAUUAUAAUUUUGAUGUUCACGUCUAAUCGCUGCUUAAAAACUUCACACACACACACAACAAAAGUAUAAAUUAUUUUUGCGUAAAGUGUAUUUGAGGUCAUUGGCAUUCAAAUAUGAAUCUCGAAAAAUAAUAAAAUAGUUAUAACAGUUUUUGUACCGAGUGUUGUAAAAAUAAGAAAAUAUUGUCAUUUGUUCAAAAUACAGGUUCAUUAACGGUUUAUAGAUUAAAAAAGAAAUGUUUAGAUAUUGCUAUCAUAAACAAAUAAAAGAGUUAUUUAAAAGAAGAGAAAAUCAAUGUUUGUAUGUAAUAUUUUCAUUUAAUAAUUUAGUCAUGUACAAAAUUAGUCUAAAAAUUUUAUGACGUCCGAUUCAGUUGAGGAUAUAAUUAUUGGCGUUAAAUGGAUUAAUUUACUGUAGAUGCUACGGCCAAAGUCUCGUUAGUGAUACUAGCGCCGUAUGCAGAUAUGUCAAAUGUAAGUCUGAUUAUAGUUAAAGUUGUCACCUUCUAUGCGUCGACAAUAGAAGACGCAUGACUUGAAGCAUAAAAUUUAAGUGACGUGUCUGAUACGGACGUUAUUAUCCGACAAAUUGUAAGCACGUCAUUUGCUUAGAAGUGGAUAUUUUUUUAGCCUUGUUUUUUUCUUAUGGAAUUAUAAAAAAGCUUUCAUAUUGACUAACAAAACAAUUGAUGAUCUCUAAUUUAAUAUGAUCUCUCGAAAAUAUGUUUGGAACUGAUAAAAAGCAAAACUGAGUUUCGUGGAACACUUGGUUGGAACGAAGUUAAAAAUUAACAUAAUAGAGCAAGAGCCAGCGGCCCGCAGGCCUUCGGUAAAGUAUAAAAGCUGUAAGUUUCUCAAUGUAUGUCCCCAACACAGGUAAGAACGAACCCCGUCUAUGUAACUUGGGUCGCGGUGGCUUUCGCAGGUAUCAGGUAAUAAAGGUGUGUAAAAUUGUGUGUUAAAUUUGGUAAAGUAUAAAACUCAGUUUUUACAUAUUUUACUUAUAAUAAUCCUAAAAGUCACCUUGCCAAAAGCCAGACACUUCGUACGGUUCCAACCCUCUGCCAGACACCCUUAAAGUAUAUUUAAUUGUUACUAUACUUACGGUAUAGUAUAAAAGCUGCAAUUUAUAUAUGUUAUUUGGAUAACUAUAAAAUAAUGUUUUCUCAAUAGCCAGACAGUUUCAGUGGUUCCUUUAUGUUGCCAGGCACAUCAAAAGUCUAAUGUAGGUGCGAGCGCGAGGGAUAUAUGUGUCAGCGGGUGCGAGUGAAAUAGCGCGUUCGGUCCAUUAUAGUUAUCCAAAUAACAUAUAUAAAUUGCAGCUUUUAUACUAUACCGUAAGUAUAGUAACAAUUAAAUAUACUUUAAGGGUGUCUGGCAGAGGGUUGGAACCGUACGAAGUGUCUGGCUUUUGGCAAGGUGACUUUUAGGAUUAUUAUAAGUAAAAUAUGUAAAAACUGAGUUUUAUACUUUACCAAAUUUAACACACAAUUUUACACACCUUUAUUACCUGAUACCUGCGAAAGCCACCGCGACCCAAGUUACAUAGACGGGGUUCGUUCUUACCUGUGUUGGGGACAUACAUUGAGAAACUUACAGCUUUUAUACUUUACCGAAGGCCUGCGGGCCGCUGGCUCUUAGACUAUAAGUAAAAGUAUACAACUAAACACUACGCUACGAAACAACUGACGGUUGUGAUGUGACGGGAACACCUUACACUUUUUUCGCGUAGCACCCAUCCGCCAAAUUGUUUGUUCCAAAAUAUAACGUGAUAUACUUGCAUUCCGGAUAUAGCUUUUACUGCUAUAAAAUAGAGUUGAAAUACUUAUGUGACAUAGACUUCGCAUAAGUUCUGAAAUAGCAUAAAAAGAAUGAACUCCCAAUUAAAAUUAUUGAUAAAUUCUGAGUUCUAGUCCUCCUUUUGUUAUGGUCUGUUUCUGAUCUCGUUAACACCAGGAUGGCAUUAGUGGCCAUAAUACAUUAUUAAAAAAAACAACGCAUAUGUGCAUCUUGUUGCUGGAGUAUUAAAUUUAAAAACUUACGAUUGUAUUGCUAUGCUUUUUGAAAUCUGCUUCAAUAACCAAUUGAAUUAUGCCAGUAUUAUUAAAACCCAGUAUUAUUUUUUAAAUCAAACUAACAUGUUAUUUUUCUAUCAAUAAAACUAAUAACUCAUCAAUGUUUUAAAGUGUCACCUACCCGAGAGGUCCCGAGUUCGAAUCCUAGUAGGGGCAGAUAUUUGUACUCCAGUCAUGGAUGUUUUAUAUGUAUUCCGUACUAGUAGACACUGUAUAUGUAUUAUAUCCGUUAACCUAGUAUCCCAUAACGAAAACCUAGAGUGCUUACUUUGGGGCUAGGCUAAUUGGUGUGAGCGUUGGAAUUACAUAAUUAAUUAGUUUUAAAAGUAUGGCUUGCAGUUUAUAGUUUUUUAAAAAAGUAAGCAAUAGAAAAUUGAUCUUAUUUUUAAGUAAAUGCUUUUAGAAGUGCAAUAAUUAUAUUGUUUAGUAAUUUGUGUAUUGUUGCUAUCUCUAUGUUAUGCACUUGUUAGUUAUUUUCUAUAUUGAAAAUUAAUUGUAUUAGAUAGUCAAUGCUAUGACACUAGAUAAAACAGCACUGCGAAUAGUGCUAUUAUAUUUUGUAUGCAAUAAAAGAGUUACGUGGUCUUAACGGUGUCUUAUCCUGUUAGCUUAUACGUCUCGGCAAAGUUUGUUAUUAAAAAGUAUUUUCCAAAUUAUGAUGUUGUAGGAAGCGUUGUAGAGCAAUUCCGACGUGACCAAACUAUACCACGGAACUAAAGCAGAUUUCCCUUCUGUUAAAUUAUAUCUUAUGAAUCUAGCGAAUUUAUGUAUGUAUGUCACCGGAAUAUAAUACAUUCCGUAGGUUUAUCAAUUUCCUAGUAAAUUUAUAAGAUAAGAAUAUAAAUGAGAGAUAAAAUGUAUUAUCUUACGGGGACAUGCUUGAAUAUUAAUCAAUUUACUAUUUAGAUAAAUUUACUAAGAAAUUGAUAAACUUACGGAAUGUAUUAUAUUCCGAUGACAUGUAUAUCAUUAUUCGCUGCGGUCCAAAUUGCGUGAUAUCGUACAAUUUGCACAGAGAGCGCGCAUACUAGUGGUCUUAAAUUAUCGUAUUCGUCAUCGAAAUCCAUGUGACGUUAUUAGUGAUGUCAUCAAGCCAUGUAAACGCUGCUCACGAAAUUAAAAUUUGACGCUUGGACUAGUCUGAAGUUUUGUGUUGCUAAAAAUCCGAUUACUUUCCCAAAUCCAUCACUUUCCUAAAUUAAUAUUGAACUUAGUUCGUCCAUCGUCUUGAUGUUGAAACUACAUAAACACAAAUUAAAUAUUUCAUAAACUUUUUAAUAAAAAAACAGAUCAUUAUUGAUAAAACACCACACCAACCGAUUUGUUUUUACUUAAAUUCUUAUUGAAGCGUCAUGUCGUCUAACAUUUAAACCAAAUGCGAAUAAAGUGCAAUCUGAAUUGAUUGCGCGCAAACAGUGCACAUAGCACCGUACAUAAUUCGGAUUGAGGCAUUUGCAGGCUUUCGGAACGUUGAUAGUGUUUUCGUAAUGAAAAAUGAAAUAAAAGUUUAUUAUUAACAACAUAAAGCGUUAAAUAAAACAAGUUUUAUCAGGUUAGAUGCACUGAUUUUAUUUAUUUAUAGACGUUACCUAAGAAACAAAUAAUAUAAAGCGUGUUACAAUUAUAGCGGUUGGAUUCCCCUUUUAAGUGUGAGAACAGUGAACACGUGUCAGGGAAAACCUCUCGCAUAGCUUGAAGUGGUUAUAUAAAAUACAGCCAGUGCAGUGUUAAAUAAAUAUAUACAAACAUUACUUAUAGACCGGGAGAUGAUGACACAAAAUACUUGGUCAUUUGUACCAGUAUGGCGGUUCUUCAGGGGUCUAAUUACGUAAAGGCAAAAAGGAAAAUGAUGGUCAUAGCGCUCGCACCGGCGGCCCAAUCGCGUGGGCGUUAAUCGAACGCGUCGGAUAAAUAACGAGUGUCGAACGAUUUGUUCCACAAAAAUGCUUAUAUUUUCAGAUAGUCGAAAAAAAGAAGUAGGCGGUAGCGUAAUGCCAUACUUCUCGGGUGUGACUUACAGCCCGCCAUACCGACGCGAAUACAUUAAUUUAAAUAAAACAAUUCAACCAUUUGUACCAGGCCAAUUUUUGCACAGCUAAUCAUCGUCGAGUAGCCAUUCACGAAAAUCACCUUGCCAUACUUUUCCGACAGUUUCCAAUGGCCGCCAUACCGCUGCAAAGGAAUAUUUUUUUUUUUUUCGCCACACGAUUUGUACCACCCUGAAACUUUUUUUAACAGUUCCCCGUAUGAUCAUAAAUAGAAGUCUGAUAAUGCCAUACCUGUGGGAGGUGGCGAAUGUGAACAAUAUUUUUUCAAAGUCGUAAGAUUUUAUUCGUAAUUCGAACGAUUUGUACCAGUAUGGCACUAUUUUUUCCUGUAAGUUUGAGGUUUAACGAAUAUAAAUACAAAGUUUCAAACACCUAAGUGGCGGCAAUCUUGUCUUAUAAGCAGAUUUUAUGUUGUAUAAUAUUCUGCGGUUCCCACCGCUCGAAAGAUUUCUCGAAUUGUAGAGGUCUUGGAUUAUUUUUUUUAGGUUGAAUUUUAUCCAAAUAAACCGAAUACAAUGAUGCCAUACUGUAACAAAUGAUUUUAUGUCUUGUACCUUGAAAACGUGUCGAAAAAUCAGGUUUUUCAAGUAUGGCGCCACUUUUUCCCUCUACUACAAGUAUGGCAAAUAUAAUAAUGGUCACAUUGUAUCGUAUAAUUUCCAAAAAUCCAAAUGCCAUACUGGUACAAAUUGUCAAUUUUUUUUUUUCUUUUUCACCUUUUAGCUCAAGUCCGACAGUCAUCCGCCCCAUGUUUACAAUCUGUAAUAAAUUUUUUUACGUACAAUUGCAUCCAAAUGACGAGAAUACAAUGAUGUCAUGAUGUAAAAAAUGAUUUUACGUAUUUUGCAGUCGUAUUUUGAAAACGUGUCAAAUAAAUAAGUAUUUCAAGUAUGGCAGCACUUUUUCCCCCUACUAGAAGUAUGGGAAAAAUAAUAACGGUCACAUUUUGCCAAAUACUUUCCAAAAAUUCAAAUGCAAUACUGGUACAAAUCGUUUGGCGAAAAAAAAAAUUACUCCUUUGCAGCGGUAUGGCGGCCAUUGGGAACUGUCGGAAAAGUAUGGCAAGGUGAUUUUCGUGAAUGGCUACUCGACGAUGAUUAGCUGUGCAAAAAUUAGCCUGGUACAAAUGGUUGAAUUGUUUUAUUUAAAUUAAUGUAUUCGCGUCGGUAUGGCGGGCUGUAAGUCACACCCGAGAAGUAUGGCAUUACGCUACCGCCUACUUCUUUUUUUCGACUAUCUGAAAAUAUAAGCAUUUUUGUGGAACAAAUCGUUGGACACUCAUUAUUUAUCCGACGCGUUCGAUUAACGCCCACGCGAUUGGGCCGCCGGUGCGAGCGCUAUGAUCAUCAUUUUCCUUUUUGCCUUUACGUAAUUAGACCCCUGAAGAACCGCCAUACUGGUACAAAUGACCAAGUAUUUUGUGUCAUCAUCUCCCGGUCUAUUAUGCAUUAAAAUUACUGAUUACAUAUGAUGAGUACAUGCAAACUGUUAGGACCAACGCAGGACCACUGCAAUGUGGACCACCACAGGGGUUGUGCGAGUGUCGUAAUUACAGUAUUUUAUGAAUGUAGAAUAAGAGCAGCAGCGCCAUACAUUUUAGGCACUUUCUUCAUCAACUCCAGUAGGAAUUUUGAGGGUUUUAUCGGUAUGGUAUUUAUAACAUUUUUCCUUGUUGAAGUUUGUUAUGACCUGUUCGUAUUAGCGAAAAAUGAACGAACUUUGCCGAGAGCAUAAUAAUUAUCUUUGCGUAAUUCUAUUGUUUUAUUUUUCUUUAUGAUCAUGAUUUUCAUUUUUAUGAAAAUACGUUUAGUUACUUAAGUAAUAAUUAUAUUACUUAAGUAACUAAACGUAUUUUCUACCAAUUAAGUAAACAAAAGAGUAGUAUUUGUUUGAAUUGUAUUAAAUAUAAAGUAAUAUAAAUAUGGAGGGUACUCUAUUCGUAUCUCCAAAAUAAAAUGGUAUCGUAAUCAUUUUAAUCAUCAACUACAUAAUGCGCCUUGAUUUAUAUUUUACUGUCGCUCUGUCCCUUUCUUAAACGUAGAUAUAGCGGUUUUUAGAGUGAGAGAGAUGGCAAAUUAUAUGCUUACCUAACAUUUGUAUCGACCAGACGAUUCACAGGCAUAUCCUCUCUCUCUCCGAUUUAUGUCACAACCUUGUGAUAGAAAGAGAUGAUGGAUGGUAAAGUACUUAGACUUAUAUUUAUUGCCUAUGCCAUUACAUUAUUUUGCGGUCAUGUAUUGUGCCAGUUUUAAAUAUAGGAUAAGAUUAUUUCAAUUAUGCUUUAAUGAUAAUCGAAUUUGGAACUAUAUACAGGUUUGAUUUUUAGACGAAGUGGGUUGUAUUGGUGAAUGUGAAAGGCUUGUAAUGAACGAAUAAUUUGUAAAAUUAUAACACGGUAUAAUGAAUAAUUCAAAAUGUCUCUUUUGCAAAUAAUAUCUCUUUCCACUGUUGAAGAAUAGUGACGGAAAAUACUAGACUUUAAGCGUAGUUUAUAAUUUUACAGUUUCUGUACCACUCACCUGUAUGCUCAAUGUUUAAUCAAUUUAUAACCAAAUAAUAUAGUUAUUAUUAUAAUAAUGUAAGUGUUCCAAUUAUUUUUUAGUCAAUAUUGUAAAAACCUUAUUGGAUGUGGUAUUAAAUUCUGUUGUACCAUCCCUAAACCUUAUUUAAGUUGUCUGUCAAUAGGCUAGUUGACUCAUAUCGAAUUGUAUUAAAUAAAUGUUUAUUUCUUACAGUAUUUGGUCUAAGGAACCUAAAUAUAUCGAUUUCACUUCAUAAAAGCAGAAGAUUGCUGUAGAAAUUUAAUUUUAAAAAAUAUUUUUUAGUCUAUAUUUUUUAAACACUAAAAACGCUGUUCGCCACAUCCGCCACGAUUGUGACGUCUCUUUCAGUAAACAACUAAAUGUCAUUCGCGUGUUAUUGUGGGUGGAUUCUUUAGUCUGAAUAAAUUUAUCUUAAAACACUUUUAACUUUAGAAAAGUUUCCGUUUACUUAUUUUUUUGACAAAACUAAUUAUGGAUGCCGGCUUUGUGAAAGCAGAAAGCACAAAUCUGCCAAGAAUUGACGCAUUGAUGCUUGGUGAAUUUUUUGCACUAAACCCCCAUUUUUGCUCUGCGGAGCAGUGAAACGACAAGGCAUCUAUGUAAGUACAGUGCAUUUAGUAUUACAAUGUAGUUAUAAACAUAAAACUGAUACAACAUAUGAAUAAGUGUAAUAAAGUUGCGUAGGUUAAUUUCUUUCGGCACUUUAAUCCAUAACAUUCCUGGAGUCUUCAAGGAUGUGUUUUUAUAUUCUCGUACAAUACAAUAAUGAUAAUUACUUUAUUUUUCGUGGUAUUUAUUAGAAAUCGUGUUCUUUUUAUCAUAAACUCAGAUAAGUUAUUUUCUACGUGCUUACGAGUUUUUGUUUACUAUAAUUGACAUCAUAGCAUAGACAAUCUAUAGACUAAAAUGGCCGACAGCGUUUUUGUAUGUCCAUGAAAAUUCUAUUUUAAAAUUAAAGAUUUGUAGCUUUCUAGGUCUCAAAAAAAUACAAUACAUUUUUUUUCGGUCUAAUAGAACAUUUAUUCACCAUUUAAAACCUUUUUCCAAAAAGGGUCAACUAGCCUAUUAUUUAUUUGGGAAAGAAAAAUUACCAAAAUUAGAGAAAUGAUGCGAUUUGAAACUUUAUGUUAACCUUUAAAUGUAAAUAUUUCUUUAAAUUUUUCAGAUUGCGUCGUCAAUACAUAUACUAAGCAUAUUAACAAAACAGGAUUUAUUAUAUUAUAUUUCUGUUAACGACAGAAUUUAUACUCUUUUUAUUAUGUAUUAUUAGUGCAUAGUAAUAGUCAUGACUAUCUAUGAACAUGUAUUUGUUCAAUCUUAGUAUUUACAGGUAAAAAUAUCUCGACUAUUGGUGAAAAUUAACGUGCAUUUGCGAAGAGGUUGAUUAUAUUAUUACACAUUAAUAUCCACGGAAUAUUUAAAAAAGUUUGGAAGGGUUAUUGGGCAAGCACUAUAAAACAAAGUAGAUCUAUGUUUAGACCACAGAAGAUCAGGGUGUCGAUUCUGCUAUGUAAAAGCAAUACUUGGGAAUCAAUGGUGUUUCAGUAGAUUUGUAUUUUGUAAGUUUAUUGUUACUCAAACACAAAAUUACAAGUAGUUUAUCUACUUAAUAUUUGUUAUAGUUAUCUUAAUGCAUUUUUUAUUUUAUGUUUUAGUAACAAGAACUGUGUCAAACACGGAUAUCACUGAACCACUACUGAGAUAUUAUUUUAACGCAAGCGGAACAGUAUCGACACCCAGAUUUCUUUCAUAGACAGAGAAAGGAUUGAGCGUUGACUUUCCACAUGUACGAUAAAACUGGGAAGAUAAGUGUGAGAGAGAUGAAGCCAUAGUACGGCCAAUAGUUCGUAUAUGUAUAAGCUGUAUAAUCGCUUUCUCUUCUUUUAGGUAUUUGUCAAAAGGGAUGAUGGCGGAGUAAACGAAAUUCUAUUUAGUCCGUCAGGUAGAUCAUCGAAAAAAUAUGGACAGCUACUUUUGUGCUUUUUUAUAUUAAAAUUGAGAAAGCGCGUGGGUUUGGGAGAAACGGCUCGUGACGUCACUUCUAAGUAAAAAAUUUACAAGACGUGAAUUUUUUACUUAGAAGUGACAUUUCAUGGGACAUUUCAAAUCAAUAUAUAUCUGUAAUAAUUUUAUAAUAUGAAGAAAGCAAAAAUACGUAUCUACUACUAUACUUUUUAAUAAUCUUCUAAUCUAGAAAAAAAGAUAGUCAUCAUCCCUAUGCGAAUGUCGCUCAGUCCAUUCCAACUGCCUGUUUUUUUGCUUGCUUUUUUUUCUUUCUAUUUUUUUUCUGUUCAGUGAUAAUAUGUCGUAAACAAUGAUAUUUUUUUUUUUAUUAAUGUUGUAAUAUUAUCUUUUUCAUCUCUACAAUAAAGUUUUUGAUGUAAAUAUUGGAUUCAAGCUAAUAUUGAUUUAUGCAUUUAAUUGAUAUCAAUUUCGCAAAUUCACUAAAGUGCAGCAUUUAAGUAUCCCAAUUAGGAUUAAAAAAUCCGCCAUAUUGUUGGUAGAUAUAAGAACUGAUGUCACGACAUUGCCAUGUGUAAAUAAGAUGUUUACAAGAGCUUGUAAUACACAAUGUUUGUGAUUGAGUUAAAAUGAUGUUUGUUGCCAAAAUGUUCUUUAUAUUAAAUGUAAUAAAUGUGAUUUUUAAAUAUAGUGUAUUGUGUAAAUUGGUGGGAGCCUUUUAAGUGGGAGUUGAAUCUCACGCACUUUUGUGUAAUUCAAAAAGAAGUCGCUCUAUGGAAAUGUCUAAUUAUAAAUAGAAAAUUUUGCGCAACCGUAAUAUGAACCUUAAUGUUAUACACUUUGAACUUAUUUUCAUGUGUCUAGUUAUCUUUUUUUGUGAUAGGUAAACUCAGUGAGACGUGUACUACCGUGUAAAUGUUUAUGCACAACUGAGCAAGUGUGUGUUGUAUUGUAUGUACUGAGAGAAAGAUAUUCUUGUACUAAAUGUAUAACAAAUAACAAUAUUGAUAACAUUUUGAUUCAGAUUAAUAGAUUAAUAACAUUAUAACCGGAA